AUGUAUUAUGAAAAGCGCCCACCCAGCACUUCCGGAUCUUUAUCUUCGAGUUCUUACCAAUCCUUUCCUUCACAUACAAAUGAUGCGAGAGGAAAUUUUAAAGUUGUAAUAAGAGUCCGCCCGCCUUUGACAAGAGAAAUUGACCCAGUUCACGGAUUUCGCAGUGUGAUUGAGGUGUCUCCUGAUAAUAAACGAAUUACGUUGCAAGAAUACUUAGGAGCUGCUUCUAAUGAUGAAGAACGUGAACAGGAUAUACUGGAAAACCCUGGCCUGGCCACUUACCAUCAUUUUACAUUUGAUUACGUCUAUGAUGAAGAUUCUACCCAAGUCCAAGUCUAUGAUCGCACCGCUCGGCAGGCCGUCAUAUCAGUCUUGGAAGGCUACAAUGCCACCUUACUAGCUUAUGGACAAACCGGAACAGGCAAAACCUACACAAUGGAAGGCUUCAAAUACAACUCAACCGACCCUCAGCGCGGGAUUGUACCUCGAGCCAGUGAAGAAAUCUUCAAAGUAAUUGAGUCCUCUCAGUCUGCCAAUGCCACUUUUAUGGUCAGGGCUUCUUAUUUGCAGAUUUAUAACGAAUUUAUAUCAGACUUAUUGAAGCCAGAACGAGGGACUUUGCAAAUCAGGGAAGAAAAAAGAAGAGGACUGUUUGUAGAAGGACUAAGUGAGUGGGCUGUGAGGUCAGCGACUGAUAUUUGUUCACUUAUGCAGAAAGGAGAGAUGACCCGUGCGACGGCGUCUACCAAAAUGAAUGAUUUGAGCAGCCGAAGUCAUGCGGUUUUUAUUAUCAUUGUAGAGCAUAUGACGACAGCAGAACUUGAUGGGUCUGAAGAAAUGGCAAAAGAUAUAAAGGUCGGAAAACUGAAUCUUGUAGAUCUUGCAGGGUCUGAAAGAGUAAGAGUGACUGGAGCCACUGGGAAGCGUCUUGAAGAGUCAAAAAAAAUUAACCAAAGCCUUUCAGCACUUGGGAAUGUAAUUGCUGCUUUGACUGAUACAAAGCCGAGAACACAUAUACCUUAUAGAGAUUCCAAACUGACUAGGCUUCUUGAAGACUCAUUAGGUGGCAACUGCAUCACGACAAUGAUGGCAAUGGUUUCUCCUUCUAAUGACUCUUUUGGCGAAUCUUUAUCUACAGUAAAAUUCGCGAACCGUGCAAAAAAUAUAAAAAAUGCUCCAAGAAUUAAUGAAGAUGUCGACCAAAAAACCCUUAUCAGAAAAUACGAAGUUGAAUUAUCCUUUAUUUUAUUGAUUUUCCUAAAAAAUUCUAUAAUUUAUACCCUCAUAUAAUUUUCCUAUACAAUUAAAUAAACCAUAGUCAGACUUCGCAAUGAGCUUGACGAAAAAAACCGCAACAUGUAUGAUAUGGAAAAAGUAAUUGAGCUUGAAGACCAAAAAAAGAGAGCUGAAGCAGACAAAGAAGCCGCAAUUGAAGCCUUAGAAAUGCGCUCAAAAGAGUUUUUGCUUGAAAAAGAAGAAAAGCGCAAGCUUGAAGAAAGAAUCAAAAUGAUGAACUCCCAGCUGCUUGUGGGUGGCAAAAAACUUGAAGAAACCCCACAGUUUAUCAUUGCACUAGAAGAAAAACAAAAAGCAAUCAGAAAAGAAUAUGAAGGAAGGCUGCAAGAAAUAGAGCAGGAAAGGCAACAAAUAGAAGAAGACAAAGCACAAAUUGACAGAUAUAAACAGCUGCUGCUAAGACAAAGAGAUAUCAUGAUAGCACUAACUGCAAGGCUUAAUGAAAGAGAUGACACCAUUAUACAGCUACAAGAAGAACUCGAUGCUUAUGAUAGAAUCCAUAGAGAAACUGAAGAAAAUUUAGAAUAUCAGACAGCCAGAUGCCAACAAUUGGCAGAUUUGUUGAAAAAUCAUGGGAUGAAUGUACCGACUGCUGAUAUCCCUGACACAAAUCAUUAUAAGGAGCCAAAAAGAUACCCGCCGUAUUCAACAGAUACGGUGACGCUGGAUAAUGAAAGCUUUUUGCCUUUGCAAAUGUUGACAAGUGAAGAAAAAAUCGCGGAACUGACACAGAUUAUUGAUAACCAAAAAGGGGAAAUUGAGAGGCUGAUUGGAAGCAUUAAUGCGUAUAAGCAGCCGAGUGAGGUUAAACAAGGGAAUUCAAAUGUAGCGGCUUUGCAGGCAGCGAAUGAGAGAUAUUUGGCGGAAAAACAAAGCAUAAGUGGAAUAUUAGAAAAUGAUAUUUUAUUCUGGUGAAAUAAAAUAAAUAAAAAAAUAUGUGGGAAAUUGAAGUUUUUUAUAGAAGAUAAGAAAAAAAUACUAGAGAAAGGGGAAAAUGUUGGAAAAGAGCAUAAAAUAUAUAGAAGAAAUAUAUGAAGGGAUUAGAGGAAACAAUUUGCCGGCUUCUCAGCUUUUACAAGAAAUGCAAAUUUUGUUCCAAUCUGCGUCUCAAGCUUUGUCAAUCUUAAAGAAUGAAAAAUCUAGCAGAAAUGUCCAGCUAAGAAUCCCUGCACAGUCAGCGCCUGCCAAAGAAAACCCUACACCUCAAUUUAUAAAGCAUAAAGAAAAGCAGCCUUCUAAUGGAAGAAGACCUUUAACAGUAGACGAAAUGCUGAUGCUAAAACGCCAAGAGCAGCAAAGGAAAAGAGAGUAA